CUGCCUAAAAAGCCAUUUAUGCUUGAUCUUAAAUUUCAGUUGGAUUUGCUGCAUGAUACCUUCAUUUGCGGAUUUCCAAAACCCUAGCUAGCUAGCUUCUUAAUUUGUCCAUUCAACCCCCAGCCUCCUAAUUCUCCAUCUUGUAGUGGUUGUAAUGAACAUAUGUACUUUGUCGUAAUUUCAAGAAGCUCCUCAUUCGGGUUUUGAUAGUUCAGAGGAUUUUGAAGCUUGAGUUAUGAUGAACUCUGCUGAACCAAUUCAAAAAAUGGACACCUCCGAUAACAAGUCAAUCGACCAAACAAGGUCGUUAAGUGAGGAAAUUUUAGAGCUUGCAAAGAGAUCAAAGGAAUCAACACUAGAAUCAACAUUAUCAUUAUUUGAAACGUUUGAGUAUGGAAGGAGGAAGUCUGAUAAGAGAGAUGGAAAAGAUGGAUCAGAGUGGUCAAUAGAGUCAACAAUUGCAAUAAUGUUACAGAUAUCGUAUCUGAUCAUCGUGAUGGUUUAUAUUGGCCCUAUGCUUGUGGACCCUUUGUUCUUGUAUGUUCCUAUCAUCAAUGAAAAUAUCAAGUGUCUCGCGUUGGACGAAAAAUUAAAAAAGACAGCUAUUGUUUUGCGAUCAAUUAUAGAUGUCCCUUACCUAUAUAAUACCAUCCUUCAUGUGCUGUCUGUGUUGCAAGCAUUGAGAUCUACGGACAGGAACAGUUACUGGUGGAGAGAAGCAGGUCGGCUUUUUCACCCAGAAUUCCUACUUCAUAACAUUUUACCUGUUCUUCCUAUUCCACAAAUCGUAAUUUUAAUUUUCCUUCCGAAAAUGAGGGGCUCAAGAUCGUUGAAUGGAAUGAAGUUUUUGAACUUACUUAUUCUAUUGCAAUAUGUUGCACGAGCUUGUCCAAUAUUCACAUUCUGUAAGAACUAUAACAAGUCAACACGUGAACUUAGCAACAACAUUGCUAUGAGAAAGAAAAUAUGGAUUCCAGGUCUAUUAAAUUUCAUCAUGUACAUCCUUGCUAGCCAUGUACUCGGGGCAUUUUGGUACUUUUUUUCUAUUCAACGAGAGAUAGAUUGUUGGAUUUCUACUUGUCGAAGUGAAAAUGAAUGUGACUUAAGUACUUUGCAAUGUGAUAAUACUACGUUCAGAAAUAUCACAUUUCUACAUGAUUUAUGUCCAACAAAUCCACCAAAUCCAGUGGUAUUCGAUUUUGGCAUAUUCCUAAACACUCUCCAGUCUGGCAUAGUGGGAACAACAGAUUUUCCUCAAAAAUUCUUGAUGUGUUUCUCAUGGGGCUUACGAAAUCUAAGUUCUUUUGCUUCAAAUCUCAACACUAGUACCUAUGCAUGGGAAACCGUCUUCGUAAUUUUUAUUUCGAUGAGUGGCCUAGUACUAUUCAUAUAUCUGCUUGGACAUUUGCAGACAUUUAUGCAGGCAACUACCAGAACAUAUAGGAUACGGCUGAGGAAGAAAGUCAUAUUUCAACAAAUACGUUUCAUGUUAUCUGAAUAUCGCAUCCCUGAUAACCUUCCGAACCCUGAUUCCCGUGAACCUGUAGCUGAGGCGAUUUGGGAAUUAGUAAGAGAAGCGCUUGAAAAGGACGAAGAUCUUCCUGUGAAGAAUAUCUUCUCUUUACUUCCUAAUGAACUUAAGGAACAUAUUAAGAACCAUCUCUUCUUGGCUAAACUAAAGAAAGUGCGAGGGCUUGAAAACAAAGAUGGAGAAGUGUUGAAAAAAAUCAUGGGAUAUCUUGAGCCAGUUAACUAUGCUGAUGGUAGCUAUAUUAUUCGAGAGGGGGAGCCACUGGAUAGGAUGCUUUUCAUCACGCAGGGCAGUGUACUUACCUACAAGACUACUAUUGGCGGAGGAAGUGGCUCGUCAAGCAUUAUACGUCGUGAUUUUUAUGGAGAAGAACUUAUAGGUUGGGCAAAGGCAUAUAACUCCCUUUCCGACUUUCCCAUCUCAGCCAAAACUGUCAAGUCCCGCACUGAAGUUGAAGUCUUUGUUCUCAUGGCUGACCAUUUACAGCUUGUUGUCUCUGAAUUCCGGACGCAGUCCAACAGAGAGAUCCCCCAACCAGCGGAUAGUGCUCCUGUGCAAAUAAGCAUCUCUUAGGUUGCAUGAAUUAUUGUUCAAACUGGAAAAUUUUAAGUACUACUUUGUCUAUUAGUUAUCUGUAUAUAACCAGAUUUUUAAUUCAAAGUAAGGAUAUUUGUAAGGAAAAAUAUGUUUACACUAUGGUUGAUGAAAAGUUUCGAGCUAUUUUUCAAA